AUGAUGGAUAAUCAUUCCGUGAACAACGAAGAGAUGAGUCAAAAUAAUGUUGUCUCCUCCAACAACUCGACGGUGUCGCAGCCGAAGAAGACCCCAGAGAUGAGAAAUCCCAUGGGAUUCGACAUGAGAUGGACUCAAGAGGAACAAACAAUCAUGGAGCAUGGCCUUGCUCGAUAUUCGUCGUCGUCGUUGGACUCGAUGAUUUCACGCUACGCGAGAAUCUCGCUAGAGCUACCGAACAAGACCACCAGGGACGUCGCUAUGCGUUUCAGGUGGAUCAACUCAAGCUCAGCUCACCGAGAUGUGAUCAUCAAUGAUCUUCUUGAACAGAACGAGCAAGUUCUUGAUCAGAUUGCUACGAAUCUCACGCUUCCAACAAACCUCUUGGAAAAUCUGACACUCUUCAGCGAAAGCCGAGAAAACAUCGCGAGACUUGCCAACUGUGUCAACGAGAAUGCGCCGGAGCAGUUGACGCAUAUGCUACCACUGCCGGAGACAUUCAGCGAUGUGGUGUUUGAUUCAAUCCUUCCUUCCUCGGCUCUACCAGAGCUACCAUGA